CGUCGGGGCAGUUACAACGUUCCUAGCGAACGCCCACGCAUGGACAGGUCGGAUGAUCUGUUGCGCGGCGAUACCCCGGGCAGUCGGUCCAAAUGUCAAGGCGUCGGCGGUGGAGCGCAUGCGGAAGCUGCUCAUGACGUCGAGCUAUUCGCGCACCCAGGAUGACUACGAGUUUAUGGAUCGGUUUGUGCUGUACAUUCAGUUCUUUUUCGACUUGGACCACGCCGACCGGCUGCAGUACCUCAAAGUCAGCCGCGGCGUGUCACUUGUCAAGCAUCAGAUCCUCUUCAACAUUGGCGACCCCGCUGACUCAUUCUACUGCGUCAUCUCUGGGUCGCUCAAUGUUGUCAUCGACUUGACCCGCGUGCACAUCAACACGAAACGUGAAAUGAACGACAUCCUGAACCGAGCCAAGAUCUACUCGUGUUUGCACAACCCUGGCGUCGGCGUCGACGAGUCGCCAUAUUGCACGUCGUAUGUGGUGCGGAACCUCAAACGAUUCGACGCUUUCGGUGACGUUGGGAUGCUCACCGAGGACGGCGUCCGGACGGCUUCCGUGAUGGCGGUGGAGGACACGUUCCUUCUCCGGAUCGAACGCGAGGCGUUCUUGGAUUGCCGAGUGUUUCACCAGAGCAAAGAAAUCAAGUUGGGCAAAAUAGCCACAUUCGUCGUUUUUACCUGCGUUUUUACACCAAUAAUAUAUAUUCGUAGCCAAAAGCUGGAAUUCCUAGCCCGUGUGCGAGCCCUGCAGCACUGGGACCGUGAAAACAAGCUUAAGUUGUGUGGUCGGAUGGAGCGGCUACUCAAGUCGUACAACGACGUUGUGAUCGCUCAAGAUGACGACGCUCAGUACUUUUACCUGGUGCAGCUGGGCGAAUGUCGCCUGGUGAAGCGAUACAAACCCAGCACGUUCGUGGAACUGGGAACUGUGUCCAGCGGCCAAUCCGUCGGGUCGUUUGAAGUCCUCCACGGCCUCGCCCAUGCAGCGUUUUCAGUGCUCGUGUCGUCCCCCACUGCCAUUCUCUAUCGCAUCGACAAACUCGAUUUUCGGCAUCACAUCCUGCGGGACCCGGUCGCGGAAGAGAUGAUGGUCGUGAACGCGAAGGAGCUAUAUGCGAGGAUGCACCCCGAGUCUGUCCAUCGCGACUUGACCAUCAACGCGCAAUGGAACAAGUGCAGAGACAGCAUCGUCGCGGAGGCCACGCCGCGGCGACUGGCGAGGGCGCCGUACUUGCGGCCGUUCGACCACAGUCUCCACCCGUCGCCGUUAGAGUCCACACCUCCCCCUCUAUCAACAGCAUUGCGCCCAUCUGCUAGCACGACAGGGGAAACUACUACUUCUUCCCUGACACUGCACUUGCCCCUUCCAUCUUCCCCCCAGUCCUCCCCCACCAAACCAACGUCACUUCGAAAACCACACAAGGUCAAAACACGAUCCUCGGGAACUUCCCCGAGACAAGCCAAGUCGCUCCACCCUAUCUCAGCAGACACAGCAUCUCAAAAGUUGCAUGUCGGCCAACAGCACUGGAUGGAGUGGGCUUCGAACGGGGCAUCCAACGUGUCGGUGGAGCGGACGGGGGCUGCGUCUUCUUCACCCCUCCACCAGUCGCCGGGUCCCCGUCCCCCGUCCACGCCUCUGGAAUCGAAAGGCGGGUCCACCACCAGACAUCGGACAACGCAAAUCCUACUGGACAAGAGCGCACGCCGCGUGCAACUGGACGACCACACGAGCAUCCCCGAAACGGUCUCCACGGCGUUCAAAGCCAUCACGCAGACCGCAACGUAACCACAAACCAAAGACACGAUCAAUAGUUUCUUCAACUUAUUUAGUACUCUUCGUACGACUUGUAGUAGUAGUAGGAUGGGUGGGCUCGAUUAUCACGAGUCAAUCAAGCGCGACGACAUUCGUCGUUAUAACGAUGGCUUUAGUGUGUGACGAGUACAGCAAACACACUGUAUAUCUGUGCUAUCGAGACGCCACGCCACGGAAACGAGGAGGACUACUGUCGCUCGUUUGUGCAUGCUCUCGAAUUGUGUACACCCACGGAUCCAGCGACGCCAUGCGUUUAUUGAAUACCGCAGGACUCGAGUGACGUGGAGAUGCCAGUUGAUGCGUUUGGGCGUGUCGUUGCACUUGAAGGAACGUCUUAAGAAGGGGCAGGAUGGGGCACGUGGUGGUGGGGUCGCACAACGCGACGCUGUGGGCCAGCAAGGCGAGGGAUACGGUGAGGAACUGGCUGAGGGCGGCCCGGCGCUCGAUGGCUACUUGAUCCGAUGUGAAGAACAUGUGUAGCCUUUUGCGGGGAAACGACAUGGACGACAGGGGCAAGUACACGCUACGGCAGGCGCAGUCCGCGGCCGCCGUGAGCUCGAGCAACGAAUUGCGCAGGCGGCGGAACUCAGAGUACCGCUUGUACACGACCCAUCUUCGAUCGCCGUACUGGACCAUGAUGCCGUACGAUAGAUGGGGUUCUUUAGAGAUGCUCACAAUCGACGUGGCCAGCAUGGGGGGGGGGCUAUGGCUAAUGUGCAUCGUAUGCAGGUGCUGCUUGGUUUGGACAAAGAUGUAGAGUGAACUACUGUAAUAGGACUGUAGGUAGCUAGGCAGUAAUGUCAUGUAACUACCAACUCAAGAAAGCGAGUAACAAGU